AUGGCUGGAGGCGCAGCCAAAUUCCGACAUCUCAGCCGAAAGUCCUCUCACCGACAGGCUCUUUUGCGAAAUCUCGUCACAUCCCUCAUCAAACAUGAAUCCAUCACAACGACAUGGCCCAAAGCCAAAGAAGCGCAACGCCUAGCCGAAAAAUUGAUCACUUUGGGAAAGAGGAAUACGGAACAUGCUCGCAGACGUGCUCAAUCGAUAUUUUACACACCACACGACCUCCUCCCCAAACUCUUCGGACCCCUCCGAGAACGCUACGCUGAACGACAAGGCGGCUACACACGCGUUCUACGAGUAGAGCCCAAAAAGGACGAUCAAGCCCCCAGCGCAAUCCUUGAGCUCGUCGACGGACCCAAGGAUAUGCGAUUUGCAAUAACAGCCAAAGCCAUAGCUCGUCAGCGCGAGCAGGGAAUUCAGACUCUUAAUGAAUUGACAGCUUUGAAUGUGCGGAAAGUGACGAGGUUUCGUAAGGAUGGUGUUGAGACUUUGGAGAAGGAGAUUGAGAAGAUGUCGUUAGAAUCGGAGAAGAAGAAGAAGCAGAAAAAGGUUCAAGAGAAAGAGGAAAGAAAAGAAAAGGAUGAGGGCAGAUGGGAUCAAUAA